AUGAAAUUGUUAUUGGUAUCACUCAUUGUUGCUUUCAUAGAAGCAAGAAAGGAAAGAGCAGAACAUUUAUAUUCAGCUCCUGUUCCAGAAAUACCUAUUAAUAUAAAACAAUCUAAUAUACCUGUACUUUUUGAUCACAUAUAUAAAGAGGGAUUCGAAGAUCCCAUGACGAAUCUUAAGCAACCACUUGACGUCCUUGAACUCACUCUGCAAACACCGAAAACAAGAGACGAAAAGCAAAAGUAUUUACAGAUUAUAUCACCAAAAAAUAUUAUACCAUUGAAGAAAGAACCUGUGCAUUUUUUAAGUCCCAAAGAUGAAUUUAUUUAUCAUCGUAUAUCUAAAAAACAUCGUGAGUAUGACAAGAAAUUGGAUGAAACAGUCAGAAAUAAGUCACAUAUAGACGAUACGCCAAAAUUCUUUAACUUUGAAUAUUUACAAACAAAAAAUAUGAACUCUCAACCCAAAAAACCAUCUGUUAACAAGCUAGUGGAGAAACCAGUUUCAAGUCAUUUAGCAGAACAUGACUAUAGUAGAUCAAAAAUGGGAUAUUUUUUAAGAGACAAAUUUGAUAUGCGGUAUAAAGGUGACAGAUUGAACUGGACGACUUGCGAUCAGUUUGGUUAUGACAUUCACUUUCAUCCCAAAGAUAUCGUCGACUUAGAUUGGGUGCCGUUUUUUACAUGGUCAUCGAAACCUUAUGUGCUUGCUGUUGCACAUAAAUUCUCUUAUCCUACAGCAAAGAUUGUGAAAGUAUUUAAAAAUCAAUAUGGACCAUAUUUGGACAAAAGUAUAAAUUGGAAUGAACCCAAAUUAUUAUUGAAAGAAAAUAGAGAUAUUUUGCUGGUAUCUCUAAACCGAAAGGGAACGUUUUAUGCAAUACCCAGUCAGGGAUUAUCUAGUGGUAAACGAAAAAAUCUGCCAGUAAUAAAAAUCCAGUUAAAGAUUGUAGAUCCAUACUUAGUAAUGAUGUAUUGUGAUGACCACUACACUACCAUCAUGGCUAUAUCAGGAGAUGAACCACUCAAUGACUUCGAAAAGAAAACAGAAGCUGCCAAGUUAAAUAUCUCUGGUAUAGGGUAUCCAGUCUCAAGAGAUAUCAAAGCUGAAGCACAGAAAUUUGCUAUGGAAAAAGAACAGAAGCUAAUGGAGGAAAACAUGAGAUAUAUAAGACCUAAAGAAGGUGUUUCUUUGCCGAAAGAAAGAUUUUUUAAAUAAUUGAUAAUUAGAAGACUUUAUGUAGGACUGUCUUAAGGAUGAUUCCAAUCGUUAAUCUAGUAGAAACUAGAUUAACGAUUGAAAUCAUAAGACAGUGGACAAUCCCUGGCACCAUUUAAUAGAAUACAGUCUAAGAACGAAAUUUUAUGUUCUAUUAGGUAGAUUGAAAAUAUGUUUAUGGUGUCUGUAGAUAUACGACUACAUUAUAAUGCUAAUGAAACGUAGUUAUAUAAUUGUAAGCUAUAACGUCACGGUAGAGUAUUCAUUUGUCU